GGCUGUUGGCGGCGGUUCCCGAAGGUCCGGUCGGUGUGUGAGUUUUUGGAAGAACGGUUCCGCAGCCGGAACCCCUCGUCGGCUUCUUCCCCCGAGUGUGUGCCCGCCGUGUCGUCUCAGAGGAAUCCCAUUCCUUAACUUGGCCGCAGGUUGGAAGCGAAGUGACUAAAACUGAGGCUCUAGGAUGAAGAGGCGAAGAGGAAUAUUUACAAAUUAACUGGCUCCUGAAAUUUUGACACCUCGCUACUUCUCUAGCCUCUUAGAGGACAAGAACUACUUUACACGUUUUCAUCUGUUGUGACAGCAUUUAAUAAAAUUCCCGGGGAGUCAAAUGACACCCAGUUUUACAGCCAUGUCUCAAGCUGUCCAGACAAAUGGAACUCAACCUUUAAGCAAAACAUGGGAACUCAGUUUAUAUGAACUACAGCGAACACCUCAGGUGUUCUUGUUUGAUCUACAGGAAGCAAUAACUGAUGGCCUGGAAAUAGUAGUGUCACCCAGAAGCUUGCACAGUGAGCUCAUGUGCCCAAUUUGUUUGGAUAUGUUGAAGAACACCAUGACAACGAAGGAGUGCUUGCAUCGCUUCUGUGCAGACUGCAUUAUCACAGCCCUCAGAAGUGGAAACAAAGAAUGUCCUACCUGUAGGAAAAAGCUAGUUUCCAAAAGAUCACUAAGGCCAGACCCCAACUUUGAUGCUCUCAUCAGUAAAAUUUAUCCAAGCCGGGACGAAUAUGAAGCUCAUCAAGAGAGAGUGUUAGCAAGAAUCAGCAAGCACAAUAACCAGCAAGCUCUCAGCCACAGUAUUGAAGAGGGACUAAAGAUCCAGGCCAUGAACAGGCUACAGCGAGGCAAGAAACAACAGAUUGAGAAUGGCAGCGGAGCAGAAGAUAACGGUGACAGUUCACACUGUAGCAAUGCAUCAACACACAGCAAUCAGGAAGCAGGACCCAGUAACAAAAGGACCAAAACAUCGGAUGAUUCGGGGCUAGAACUUGAUAAUAACAAUGCAACAGUGGCAAUAGACCCAGUAAUGGAUGGUGCCAGUGAAAUUGAAUUAGUUUUCAGACCUCAUCCCACACUCAUGGAGAAAGAUGACAGUGCACAGACGAGAUAUAUAAAAACAUCAGGCAAUGCCACUGUGGAUCACUUGUCCAAGUACCUAGCGGUGAGAUUAGCUUUAGAAGAACUUCGGAGCAAAGGAGAGUCAAACCAGAUGAACCUCGAUACGGCCAGUGAAAAACAGUACACGAUCUACAUAGCCACAGCCAAUGGCCAGUUCACUGUAUUAAAUGGUUCUUUUUCCUUGGAACUGGUCAGUGAAAAAUAUUGGAAAGUGAACAAACCCAUGGAACUUUACUACGCACCGACGAAGGAGCACAAAUGAGUUUUUUUCAGAAAAUGGUUUUGAGGAUGAACUCUAGUUUGUUUUUUCAGUUCUUUUUCUAGCUCUGAUUUCUAUUAAAGAUGCACCAUCAUUGCUUUUCUGGACAGAAUUUUGGAUGUGUGUUCAGUUUCUUUAAUGAGCUGGACUCAUCAACACUAUUUGUCAGCGUUCUGCAUUUCUUAGGGUGUUUCUUUCUCCGUCUUAAUUUUUGUCUUCUGGAGGAACUGAAUGAAGUUAUCCAGUGCAUUCCAUUGCAGUUUUCCAAGAUGGAUUAGGAUGUUCUCCUUUCAGUGUUUCUUCACUGAUUUAAAACAGUGGUUCUGCUUUGGGGUUUUGAAAUUUAGUCCAGAAAAAUUUGGUAGUUCUAUAUAUUAAUGGCAAACCUUAAAUUAAUUUUUCUUUAGGUUUUAGAAAGUCCUUUCUACAUUGAUUUCUUGCUGACAGUGCAAAGUUGAAGAUUGUUUUUUUUUUCCUUUGAGAACAACGUAUGUUUUUGGAAUAAAAUUAAAUUCCCCUUGAACUUCUGGUGGGCUUGCAAUGGUCCAGAUGAAGUGUAUUUUCAUAAAUAUUGUGGCUCAAAUAGAUUUGUUUUAAGAAAUUCUCAUGGGCUUGUCUUGUCUGUAGAAUGCUGGGUUGGUGUCCAGCAUUCUCAUUAACAGGAGGUUAUUUGGUAGUCUUGCCAGUGAAUCGGGCAUGAUCGCAUCUUUUUGGAAAAAGUUUUAAAAAAAAGCCUCUAAUUCUUCAUAUUUAAAUGGCAAACUUUUCUGAGUAAUGAAGGGAUAUUCUGCCCAGUUGCCUAGUGACAUUCAUUUUAAGUCUUUGACCCUUAUAAAACCAGUGAAAGAGGGCUGGCUACUUUAAAACUAAAGCACCGUUGGUAGACCCUAUCUCACCUACUUCCAAUUUGGAGCUGUGUCACCUUUAAGAGUGGCAUAUCGCUUUGCAGUAGAACAAACUCAAGGGGAGGGAAAAAAAAAGUAUUUUUACCAUUUUCUUUCACCUCUGGUUCCUCAAAAUCUAUAAGGGAACGUUGCAAAUUAUUGACUGCUGCUUUUAAGCCCCAUUGAGCUUGAACCAUGUCUUUGUGAGUGAACGAUAUUUCGUUUAACAAGCAGCCACUGAGGCAACGAAGGAUCAGUGGACACUCUGCCGUUCUUUAUACGCAGCUCCUUCAGGUACCACCUUUAGGUAUUUGGAAAUGAAAAGUUUUUUUCACACUGUCAGGUAAGAAAUGCAGUAGCCUCAUGUGCUGUUCGUUCUUUGCCUCGCUUCUAGUGAGAUUUGAGUCGUGUUACAGUGUUUACUGAGACCUGUUCAUGUGGAGAAACGGACCCCAAGGGUCUGGCAGGAGCGGCUAGUGAGUUCUCUAGUGCUUUUACACCACCAGACUAACGUGUGUAAAUAUGCCACUGUUUGUUGAGAUUGCUGGUUUUGGACCAGCCUGUUUUAAAUGCUUCAGCCCUAUAUGAAAACCUCCUAGGCUUAUUAAAUAAUUUUUUACUGUUUCUUUCUAAUAUUUAAUGUUUUUACAGUUUUUUGGUAAUCUGCACCAUGAAAUUGAGAGCCACCAAAACGAAGGGACAUUUUGUAUCCAAGAUCUUUUUUGGUGAAUUGUUCAGUUGUAUAGAUUAUUAGUGCAUGUCCACUAAAUAUAACCCUGGUUUUGUGACAUAAAUGCUUAGGUUUCAUUGGAAAAGCAUUAGGUUAGUUGUUGCAUUGAAUAAUAAAAUUCUCAUUGUAAUUUUUAGGCUUUAAGCAAAAGGUUUGUGAACUUCAGCUGUGUCCACGUCUAUGGAAUGUAUGUGGGCUUUCUUCAUUUGUCAGUAUGGGAGAAUGUGAACUCUAAACCAUUAGUGAAUUGACUUGGUUGUCCUUUACAAAAUAUAAUGUAAGCGUUUGCUAAACCAUUGAGUGUAUUGUUACUUUUUGAGCAUUAUUAAAAAACAACAAAACUGUAA